AUGGCAAGCACUCAGUUCAAAAAUCUUGCCAAGGCAAUGAGAGAAUUCGUUCAGAAUUCACAGAAAUAUCCUAAUUCUAUUGAUUCUUUCUGGCCAAAACUAAGAGUUGCCUUUAUUGAAGUAAAAAAUAAAGGUUUGACUACAGAUUUGUCACCAGAAACAUACGAUGACUUACAAGUUAUCAAAAACACAAAAGGAUUUAGUGAAAAUAUAGGCGAAAAACUGAUGUGCUCCGUUUAUCCUGCAAUGAAACUUCAAAAUACUGUUAUAGAUUUUGAUGAUAACAUGCAACCUCUCAUUCAUAUCAGAGCACCAGCAAUACCCAUACAAAAAUCUCCUCGAAAUUCAACAAGAAAAUCAGUCGAAAUUCCAAAUCUUUUACCAUCAAGAAACAUCCCACCUCUACCACAAACAUCAAGAGUACACAGGCCUAAAUCGAUAAUUCCGUCUGAUGUUCCUCUCAAACCAUUUCCUCCUUUUGUUCCAAAAGAUAUUAAACCAGCAGGAGAUUUCAUUUCGUCAUUAAAACUGCCGAAAGAGAUUGAAACAGAGAUAACGAAACAAGAAAUACCAUGGAACGAUAACUUCGUUUUAAACAAUGAAACAGAUGCUUUAACUUAUGUGGGAGCUGUUGAUCCAAAGAACGAUUUCUUACAAUUCCAUGUUGGACAAGUUGAUAAAAGUGAUCCUUAUUCAUUCAAACUUUACAGAAGACUCGAUGAUAAUACAAAUGAGUUCCAUUCAAUGACAAAAAGAGGUGUUUUCUCAGCUAAAUCAACAGGAGAAUCAGAUUUUACGCCAAUUGAUCAAUACGUAACAAAUAAAUCACAAUACAAUAUGAUUACAACAAUAAAAUUCUUUUCUCAAUUCAAAAUGUACAAAUAUUUCAAGUAUUGGAGGAAUAGAUCGAUCAGAAAGACCUUCCAAAGAAGACUAGAUAGCUUUAUCGAUACGUGUUGGAGCGCAAAACUUUCUUUUCCGCCAAUUUAUUUCAAAAUUCGAAAUGAUUUGAAUUCUUUGAGGUCAAUUUCUGUGUUUCCAAUAAAAGAUAGCGGUGAAGUUGAGUUCCAAAAGGAAUAUACCCUUCUUGAUACAGCCAGAGAAGAUUUUGCUGAUAAAAUUAAUUUAAUUUCAAAAGAAAUUUAUCAAUUAUUAAGCAAAUUCGCAAACGAUGUUAAUUCAAAGUAUAAUGAUUUGGUUUCCAACGCAAAUACGAGUUAUAUCACAGAGAAAAAGAUUCCAUCAGAUAUUUAUUACAUGCACAAGAUGCCGAGGAAGAAAAGCCUUUCACUGGUUGAAGAAAAACAAAGAAAGAUAGAUCACAUCGUCAGAGUUCAAAGAGCAAAGUCAGAAGUUGAAAAAAUUCGAAAUUUUUUCAUGGUUUGCGACAAAACAGUUUUACAGUUCUUUUUAAACAUGUUUGAGAACCAGUUCCACACGUUCGCAAAGACUUUCUAUGAUUCUUCCCAUACAAUGUUGAUGCAUCUUGAAUUAAAUUAUGAAGGUAACGAUAUUGCAUUUUCACCGAACAAAACAAGUAUGAUUAAGCUUGUCAAUGAACAUAUUGAGACAUUAUUCAUGUAUCUUUCCAAUUUUUCGCGUCCUUGUUUGAUUGAUCCUCGUGGUUACGAAAAGGAACUUACAAUGUCUCCAAAAACAAGCAUAUUGAAGAAUUUCAUACAGAACCAUGACCAGUUCAAGUCAGAUUACAACAAUUUGAUCAAAUCUAUAAAUGAUAGUUACUCAGAUGCAGAAGAAACACUUAAAUUAUACCAGACAUCAGCUAGAUUUAUAUAUGACUUUAAGGAACAAUGGGAAGAAAUGAAGGAAAAGGACGUAGAUCCUUCAAUUUAUAUAAAUAACAUCACGAAACUGACAAACACACUGGAAGAAGUUGAAACAUUCAAAGGAACUUAUGUUCACAAGCAACUUCUUGUUGAUAUUCGUGCUCUUCGGUCGUUCUUAGUUGAAUAUACAAGAAAAUCGAUCGAUGAAAACAAUACAAUCCUAUUUAGAAAGUUCGAAUUCAUUUGCACGAACUUCAUUCAAGAUGUUACUGAUCUUAUGAAUGGAAUGAAGUACUUUGGAGAAACUCUUGAAGAAAAUGCAAAAUUUAAUGUUGGAAUUUCAAAGGCAGAAUCAGAAAUUCCUAAUCUCAAGAGCACAAUUGAGCUUGUAGAAUCGAUUUUCAAGAGAGCACAAACAUCUGUUCCUCUUCUUGUUCCAAAUCUUUUAAUACAUCUCAAAAAUGUUCGGAACAUAAACAAAAAAUUCGAAGAGACUCUUGAAUAUGCCAAGCUCAGGGUCAAGCAGAAACGCGAAGAAGUCAUAAAUCAACUAAAAGAAAAUCAGAAGAAGCUAGAAAACCGUUUGGAAGACUUAGAUAACUUGAACAAGACUAAGUAUUCCAAAGUUGAUGUCAACGCUCAACCAGAAAAUGCAAUUUCUGAUUUAGAAAGCGUAAUUGCAAUAUCAGAUGAACUUUUGAAUGACAUUGAAGCCUUCAAAGUAACAGCUUUCCAAUUAGAAUACUCAGAAUACAACUUUGACUUGAGAACAAAGAUCAAAGCUGAUCUAAACAAGAAUCUUGAAAAUUGGAAGACGUAUAACAACUUCAUGAACGAACUUACAUCGAUCACAGAGACUCCUAUAAUGGAUAUCGACAUUCUGACCUUCAUGCAUUUCAUCAAUCAACACAGUGAAAGAGAAAUGAGAAGCGUUCACCAUCCUUUAUACGAUAGAAUGGCAAAUCAUUAUGCAUUAUUAUAUCAGUAUAUGCCAUUCUUCAAUAUCAUAUCAAAAAUCAAGCUAACACAAGAAAUUUGGGAAGGAAUUUUUGAUAUCUUAGAGAAAAGUAAAGAAAACAUGAAGAAGAUCACGACGAAAGCAUUUCUUGAUCAAAGUAUUUUAGCUCACAUUGAUAAAAUCAAGAUCUAUAUCAUGAAUUUGCAACAACAAGCGGAUCUUUCCCAAACAUUUGAUAAAUACAUACUUCAAAUGAAAGCCUUAGUCUUAGAUGUUAAGCCAUCCUUAACGAUUAAGCCUCCAAUUAUCACUUUCCCAUCAAUUUACGAAGCAUUGACUACAUGUGAGAAUUUCCAGCUUUAUCUUCGCACAUUAAAGGACUCACAGUUCUACAGUUCCAUUGAGAAACAAGUUCUCUACUGGGAAGCCGUUCUUUUCCAACUCGGAAGAAUAUUCCAUUAUUUAUUAAUGUUCCAAACCAAAUACGUCAUAUUGAGUGAAACAACCUCAGCGUUAUUUGGCGAAAUCCACUUCCCUCAUGAGGAACAAUCCAAAGCUUUCAUCGACAAAUGGUAUAAUGAUCUGAUAAAACAGGUCAAAUUCGAUCCACACGUCAUGCAACUUAUUGUUCCUGUAGAUCCAAAUGAUCCGCAAGCUUCCGAUCCACGCCACAAGAAAGUUGUCAUAGAAGCGAUAAAUUUCGCAGAUGUUUUACACCGAGAUUUCAAGAAAGAGUCAUUGGACACGAAAGAUCCUCCUCCUGUUGUAAACAAGGACUACGACAAACCGAUUUAUUGUGGUGCUGAUCCAUAUUUCAGGGGAGAAAACUUAGUUCAAUGUCUUGAAGAAGGAACAACAAGAUGCGAAUACAUUUUAUCGAAUGCAACUUAUUUGUUGGACCAGCAAAGACAGAAAUUCCCUCGUUUCUUCUUCUGCACCGAUAAGAAUGUCAUUGACAUCAUGUUGGCUUGUACAAAUAUCAAGUUUAUCGUCAAUGAUUUAAUUCCAAUUUUCCCAAGUUUGUCACAUUUCCAAACGACAACAAACAAAGACAUAGAAACAAUCAUGGGAAUAAUAGCUACUAACGGAGAAAUGAUACAAUUCAGGGCUGAUUUCCCUUAUACAGGAUUACAAGUCGUUGACAUUUUGCAGAGAGUUGAAGAAGAAAUGCAAAAUUCUGUCAGAGCUUCAAUUUUGGAUGCGAUUUCUGCAAGGGAAUAUACUCCUCCAAAACAAUGGAUGAUAAGGUAUCCAACACAAUCAUUGUUAAUUGCUGAGUCUACUUACUUCUCACAAGUAAUAAACCCAGCAAUAACAAGAGGAAAAGAAAGAACAGAUUGGAAAGCUUUGAUUCAGAAAAAUCAGGAUUUCCUAAAAAGUGCCACAGAAAUCAUGUCAAAAAGUUCAUUAAAAUGUUCAAGUAUUGCUGCAUUGGCAUCUCUUAAAAUACGCCACAGAGAUAUAAUUGAAGAAUUAAUGAACACCGAUGAGAACUUAAAUAUUGAUUCAUUCAUUUGGAAAUGUCAUUUGAGACAUUCUUUGACAAACCAAACAGGAAAUGAAGAAAUUAUGACAAACAUAGGAAAUUUGUCAUUUAAAUACGGUUACGAACUGAUUUCUCAUGCUGACAUUGGACCAUUAACUGACUCAGAAGACGAAGCAAUGCUAAGUCUCGCGAGUUGCAUGGUAAACGCUGAAUUUUCAAUGUGCAAACAAAUGAAUGGCGUCAGAAAUAUUGUGAAAUCAUUUGCAGAUUUCGUUGGAUUGCCUUGUUUCAAGAUGUCAUCGAAGAUCAUCUCAAAUGUAUUCCCAGGAGCUGCUUCAUGUAAAUGUGUCAUCAGAUUAACAGAUGUCAAAGAUUUACCAGCAGCUUUUCCGAAUUUCUUUGGUUUGUUGGAAUCGCAAACAAAAGUUAUGAAAUGCGAAUCUCAUUUUCGCAAACUCGAGCUAAACAAAUGGCAAACAUUGAUACACAUCGAUGAAGAGAAAGUUCCAACAUGGUUGAUGACGAGAUUAAGACCAAUUUACCUCCAAAAAGUGAACCCACAAGAUUUCAUCAAGAAAAUCAACCAAAUAAGACCAGAUAUUCCUAUUCCUUCUACAAUUUCCACUGAAUAUUUAUCAAUGGCAAUCAAACAAUUCAAUGCAAGAGGUUUAAUCAAUGGUUACCAUGUGAAAGAAGAAGGAUUGAGCCAGCACAUGUUCUAUUUCGAUGUCGGUGAAUACAUUUUAACAAACCAAAUUGUUAUUCCGAAAGAACCAAUUUCAGUAACAAUUCCUACAUUCAUCAAAGCAAAAAUUGACGAAUUAACGGUUAUUUUUGACAAAUUUGAUGCAUUUGCUCCUCAUUCGCAAUCUCCUGAUUAUCCAAACAUUCCUUAUGCAACAACAAUCGACAUUUUAGCAAGAGAUCAUCAGAUGUCGAUGAUUUGCAUCUACGCGGCAUUGAAAGAAUCAAUUGCCAUUGCGAAAUUCCAAUUAGUAAGUAUCAGUGAUGAUUUAAUUAAAUUCGAAUGUGUUGGAUGUCGUCCUGUUGCAUUAAAUAUUUCAAGCAAAGCGGAGAAAUUAGGUGCAGGAGCAUGGAUUUCUCCGGAACCAAGUGUAUUCGAUUUCUUACAAAUAGCUCUCCAACAACCAGAGAUUUCUAGUGUUUAUAACCAAUUGGAACCAUUAGUAAGAGUUUAUGUAAAUGGAAUUUUGGAUACUGAUGAAGAUAUCGUUAAUUCUUGUUUGUCAAAGAUAAAUUUGAUCAGAAGAUUCUUGAAAGAAAACGCAGCAGCUGCAGCGAUAACAACAAUAGAAGCUGUGUUUGGAAAUGGUGAUAGGGAAUCCCUUGGAUUAACAAAACAAUUCGAGUUGGAAACACCUUUCGCAAUGAAUAUUCCUAUUGUUAUUCAAAGCGAUUUGAGUUCAGGAAAAAGAAAAUACCUCAAAAACUUAAUUUUGCAGAAAACAAAACCCGAAGAUGUCGUUUAUUUCUCAUCAGCUUUCAAUGAAUGCGUGGAUAUGAGCAUGAUGAAUAACUUGGAAUUCAUUACAAGAGGUUUAUACGGACCUAAUUUCGAUGGCGAAAUCUAUAUUGUUGUUUUUGAUGUUCAAGAAGCAAUUUUCGAAAUGAAAAAGUUCAUCAAAGCACUAGUAAUGUUCGGAUCAUUGUUCUUUAGGACAUUCGAUAAAUACCAGAAUGUUAGAGGCAUCCAUUUGAUCUGUACAACAACAGAUAUUUCUUUGUUUAAUGAUAUGGGAGUUCAAUAUUAUUUAAUCACUGAAUUUCCAAAAUUCGAUAUUAAUUUGAAUGAAACCAUUGAUACAAAAGCAGUUAGAAAGGAAAGUUUGGACAAACUCAAAGAAGAAAUUGCUAAAAACAAUGAUUACCACAAAGCAAUUGAGUUUUCCAAAGUUGUUCCGAAAAUCAAAGAUGAAAGUGAUUAUUUCGUUUUGACUUCGCUUUAUUUCGGAUUAGAAACAGCUACAAAAUGCGCAGAAUGUUAUAAUUUCAAUAAGAACAAUGUGAAGAGAUUAUUGAACAAGAACAAAAAUGAUAUGAUGUAUCUAAGUGACAAAAUUUUUGUUUCGCAAAUUCAAGAAUGCAUGAAAUUGAAUUUAAGUGCGAUUUUAGUUUGCGAAAACAGUUAUCCUGUAACUAAACUCAAAGAUUGCCAGUAUUUCGUUGUUAACAACAGAUUCAAGACCCAGUUAUUCUCUUGUUUGGUCAAAGCAGGUGAAAACAAACAAAAAACCGCAAUUUUGUUUGAUUUACAAGCAUUGAAUCCUUAUGAAGUUUAUAACGUUUUAGAUUUAUUCAUGUUUAAUUCGGAUUCUAGUGAUUAUUCCACUUAUUUCGAACUUGCUGACUUACAGAUCUUUAAGUACUAUUAUGAUCCGAAAUCUCAAGAUUUACCAAUCAUUCCAGAGAUCUUGAAAUCAAUUUCUUUCUUUGUUUUGGUUAAUAACGAAUUAUAUGAGAAAAUUCCAAAUCUCUUCAAAAAGAAGAUGAUUACAAUUAGAUACGAAAAUUGCGAUGACAUAAUGGAAGAAGAAAUCAAACACAAAGAGAUAACAGACAUAUUCAAACCAUUUAUCUCUAUUUCUCCUUAUUUGUUCGAUGAUAUUUUGAAGAUGAGAAAUGAUUUCUUCAAACAAAAAAUUGUAAAAUUUGAAGAAAAAGUGUCAAAAUUAAUUGAUCACUGUGAAUCUUUCGUUGAAAUGAAGAAGAUGAUCGAAGAUAUAAGUAAUGGUACAGUUAUCUCAGAAGAACAAGAACAUAAGAUUUUGGAACAAAAAGAAAAUUUGAGAAUGAAAUCGGAAGACGAUAAAAACCGUUUAUCCCAAUUACAAAAAGAAGUUGAUGACAAAAGAAGAAAGAUAAGUGAGAAUAAGAACAAACUUAACAAGAAUAUUGUUGAAGAUUUCGAAUCUACUGUUAAUUCUAUCUCGAGUUUCACAAGUUUAGAACAAAGAAAAAUGAUGCAUGCAUUUAACAAAAAAGAUGAAAUUUCGGAGUUUUCGAAGUUAUUUGUUGACAUGUUUAGUUUUGUUGGUGUUAAUAAUUUAACAGAAUGCUAUGGUGAGAAAGAAGACACAAAACUUGUUUCUGCAAUUAAGAAAUUUAAAUUGGAUUCACCAGAUAAAUUCCAAUUUACUAAAAUCGAAAGUUGGGGACUCAAGAAAUCUUCUCAACCAGAAAAACUAUUAAGAAAAUUACAAAGUAAUAGAGAAACUUUUAGAUCUGAUAUUCCUUUAGUUAAUUAUUUGAUAGAUUUCAUUCAUAUUUGUGUCACUUAUGUAGAAUUAAAUGAUACAAACAUGGAAUUGCAAAAUUCAUUGGAAGAUCCAUUAAACGAGAUAGAAAAAGUCCAAACAAAAGUUGAAAAAGAUGAAAAGGAACUAACAAAUCUAACAAACAGAUUGGAGACACAAACUAAAAAUGGAAAAUGUCCGAAAUGGAUAAUGGAUGCUUUUUUGGUCAAUCCACAAAAUGUCACAAAAAUUCUUGAAUCUGUUGAACAGUUCAUGAUCAACUUAAGUAAAAUGAACAAACAAAUAGAGAGUUGUGACAAAGCAUUAAUAGUUUGGUGCGCAAUUUUCACUGCUUUCGAAUUUGGUUUCGGAAAAUUGAAUCAAAAAGAAAGAAAUGAAAUAUACAACAAAAUUGGAAUUGACGCAGCUGUUUUCUCUUCUCCAUUUAGAUUAUUAGAACAAUUUAUUUCUUUCGACAUUUUCGCUCCUGUUACCAAGAAAUUGUCUUUGUUUUCUCCUCUUUCUGAAAAUGAAUUGAUUUCAAAUUCAACAACGAUUAUUUUCAGUUCACUUUUGAGUUAUGAUUCGAUAUUAGGUACGAAACUCUUACCUGGUAAUUAUAGUUUGCCUGGAUAUGACUUACCGGCUCCUUUCUUGGUUUAUUACGAUCCUUUGGAUUUAAUUGUUGAAACAAUUAUUGGAAAUUACAAAAAUUGUUCUUGUUGUUUCAUUUCUUCCAAAGAUAGUGUUUACUCUGUGUUCAUACAUGCAUUAUCUAAUGGUUAUCCUUUGAUAGUUUAUAUUGACUCUUUAGAUAAUUUAAAUGAUUUCUUCACUUUCGCGAGACACACGAUGAUUCAGUAUCUUUCGACGAAAGUAAUCACUUUUGAUGGCGAAGACAGUAAAAUCAAUGAAAAUACGAAGAUUUUCUUUGUUACAGAAAUCCCUGAUUUGUUACAAAAUCAAAGAAAAGACUUUGUUUUAGUUGAUUGUUCUAUUACAAAUGUCAACCAGACAAAAUGGUUUGAAAUGGCCACAGUUUUCACAAUUAAUUCCCAAAUCAAAGAUACUUACAUCAAGGACAUCAAUUCCAUUGAUACUUGUUCCAAACAAGUUAUUUCUUUGUUAGAUCAGUUCAAAGAUUUGAAAGAUUGGGAAUUUUUGUUUACAAAUAACGAUUAUUUAAUGAGUUAUCAAAAGAACGUUGAUUUGUUUAAUGAUUCAUAUAGAAUUAUACAUAACUCUGUGAAUAACUUGACACAAAUGAAUGCUUUAUCGAAUGAACAUCCUAACGCAAUCUUUAGAUACAAGCAAUUCACGGGAUUAUGUCAAUCAUUGGCUUCAUCACAUGAAUUGACGAAAUCCAAUGAUAAACUGAGCCAAGAAAAGAAUGUUUCAUAUCAAUUACAAGUUAUUUCUGCUUUGCAAGAGUUUACGAAGUCAAGAGAUGGAGCAUCCAUGGCUCCAAUGACUACAUUAACAGGAUUCCCUGAAAUGACAUUGUAUUUCACGAAUAUUAUUUAUUCUUUCGAAAGAGUACAGUUUUUAGUUGAUUUCGAAACGAAAUACAUGAAAAACAAUGUUCAAAACCAGUAUUUGUUGUUUGAACAAUAUUUCCCAGGUGUUGGAGAUCGUCCUAUUACAAGUAACUUGCAGAGAUUGAUGAAUCAUGUUGCAAGUCGUUUCAUGAAUGUUCCAAGAUCAUUUUAUACAUUUUGUACUCCUGAUACAUUACCAAUGCCAGGAAAUAGACCUGUUUUGAUAAUUCUUGAUUCAUUGAUUCCAACAGAUUUGUAUUCAAGAGCAAUGUCUCAGUUCUUGACAACGAAAGAUAUGACCUUGUUAACAAUUGGUUCAUUUAGUAAUGCUAGUUUAUCAACACCAAUGUCUGUUAACACAAUUAUCAAAGGUUGCCAUGAAAAGAACGCAAUGUUGUUGGUAAUUUUCGAUGAAAUGAUGCCUAAUUAUAUAAUUCCUUCUUUACUUCAUUUCACACAUAUCAACAAAUUCUCUAACUAUUAUAUACUAGUUAGUGAAAUGUUGUAUGAUAAAUUACCACAUAUUCCGAAUGCUUUGAUUACAAGAGUUUCUCGUCCGACAUCAUUAUUUGGUGCUUCGAGAUUUUUGAAUAUUACUCCUUAUUUCCAUCGAAUGAACGCCAAAUCUUUGAAGCCAUUUUUGUAUUUCAACUUGUUACUUUCUCACAGAAGAGAUUAUCCUCUCAGGUUGCAGCACAUCCUUCCAAUGCUUCUUUACACGAAAGAGUUCUGGGAAACAAAUGGAAUGAAUGUUUCAAUGACAAGAAACUUGUGGAUGAAAAUCAUUGCAUCAUUGUUUGCAACAUUAACUGAUAGAGAUGUUGUAAAAGAGAGUUAUUCGAACUUACUAAACAAGUUCUUCAAAGAUGCAAUACCAAUGAUGCCUUCACAAGCUAAAAUUGAUUAUUACAAUGAUUCAAACUACUCAACAGAGUUGCCUCCUUCUCCUUACGAUGUAGGAAUGUUGGUGUCUUUCGGAGAUGAAUUCAAGAUUCCUGAAACACCAUCAUGGACAAAACAAAUUGAAAACAAAUUUUUCGUUAUUGGAAAAGUUCAUAAUGCAGAGUUUGUAAUUGAAAACGCUGUUCUUCAUAACGCAAGAUUCAGUAACGAAAUGAUUGGAGUCAAUGGAACUUAUAUGUUGACUUUGAGUGUUUUGGACAAAGAACCUGAACACAACAUCUCACCUUAUACAGUGAAUAUUGAUGUGUUUGAUGGAAAUGAAAAGGUUGGAUCUGUUACAACUCUUUUCAAUGGAAACACCGAAAUACUUAGCUAUGGAUCUGUUUUUAUCCAACUUCCUCAAAAUGAAUAA